AUGACACGCUUCAAUCAAAUGAUAAAGCAAUGGAAAUAUUUUGUUUUUGUAACAGGUGUCUUUUCCAUUCAGGGCAGUUCAGAAAACUUGGAAGAGAAUUUGGCAUUAAAAGGAACGGCUGUACAGUCGAGCACAUUUUACACCUCUGGAGCUACAAAGGCCAUUGACGGCAUCAGAUACUCUCCUUCAGGUACACCCCAUCCAGACGAAACCCAUACAUACUGCUCCAUCACAUCAAACCAGCUCAACCCGUGGUGGAGGCUGGACCUGCUGGAUUAUUACUACAUUUACAAAGUGACCAUCACCAACAGAGGCGACUGCUGUCUGGAUCAAACGACUGGAGUAGAGAUCCGCAUCGGAAACUCUCUGGAAAACAACGGCAACAACAAUCCCAGAUGUGCUGUCACUUCACUUGUUCCAGCACGCAGUACUGUCAGUUUCUAUUGCGGUGGAAUGGAAGGUCGUUAUGUGAACAUGUACAUUCCUAACAUCCAGGCACAUCUCACGCUGUGUGAAGUGGAGGUUUAUGGAACAGCAGUUAAUAGGAAAAAAGUUUUUCUGAGGAUGAAAUUAACCUCCAGUGUUGACACAGCUGCAGUAAACAAAACAUUUCUAAAUCAGUUGCAGUCCUCUCUGGGGUUGAGUGAUGUUAAACUGUCCUGGACGAGACUCCCCUACCGGGACGUAACACACGAGGAGAAAAAAAACAACAAGGACUCGUGCUGAUAAAUGCUAAUCUGGAACCACAGACUGAAUCUUUCAAGCAGAUGUUUAUUUUAGAUGUUUAGAUGUUUUAGAUGUUAUUGUAAUUGUUCCGGCUGCUGACAUAUUCAUAUUCAUCUUGUCCUACAUGCUUCAUAAAAUUGGUUUGAAACAUUCUGUAUAAAUAUCCUUAAGUACUUAGCUAAAUGUAUCAGUGUACAUACAGUGUGUGUAUUAUAUUUUCAUUUCAUCAAGGAACACAUGCUCAUUUCAUAGCAUUUUAUCUGAAGGACAAUUGAAAUAACUCUCAUUUACUGAUAACUACUGACAAUAUAUUUAUUUUAUUGGGAUUGUGUAUCAGUACAUUUAUUACUAUAAAAUUUUCAUUUAAGCAAUAAGCUGCAUGAUUGUCUGAGUCACCUUGUUUAAACCCGGAACACACAAUAUAUAAAUGUUAUGGUGUUGACUAUUAAAAAGACUUUAAUACAAGACUCUCUCU